AACGGCGAAGAGCCCAUAAUCCGUCAAGUAGUCCCCGCUAACAACAUCGACGACGAUCACCUCCUCAACGCGGAACUCCACUUCACGAACUUCUUGAAAAAUUUCAAGAAGUCUUAUUCGACUCCUGAAGAGCACAAUUAUAGGCUCGGCGUAUUCAAGGCGAAUCUGAGAAGAGCGAGAAAGCAUCAGAGACUGGAUCCCACCGCUGUCCACGGAAUCACCAAGUUCUCCGAUUUGACCCCGGAAGAGUUUGAAAAGUUUUUAGGGUUGAGGAGGAAGAAGAUGGAUUUGAAGGGGGCGCACGAGGCGCCGAUCUUGCCGACGAGCGAUUUGCCGGAGGAGUUUGAUUGGAGGGAUCAUGGAGCUGUUACUGGCGUCAAGAAUCAGGGUGCCUGUGGAUCUUGUUGGGCGUUUAGUGCUUCGGGGGCUUUGGAAGGGGCGAACUUUCUGGCGACGGGGAAGCUUGUUAGCCUUAGUGAGCAGCAGAUGGUUGACUGCGACCAUGAGUGUGAUCCAUCUGAAGCUGAUGCAUGUGACCAAGGAUGCAGUGGUGGCUUGAUGACAACUGCUUUCCAGUAUUUACUCAAAUCUGGUGGUCUUGAGCGCGAGAAAGACUACCCUUACACUGGAACAGACCGUGACACCUGCAAAUUUGACAAGUCUAAGAUUUCUGCCUCAGUAACUAAUUUCAGCACCAUCUCUAUUAAUGAAGAUCAGAUUGCUGCGAAUCUUGUGAAGCACGGCCCUCUUGCAAUUGGUAUCAAUGCCGUCUUCAUGCAGACAUACAUCGGAGGCGUGUCUUGCCCAUACAUAUGCGGGAGACAUUUGGACCACGGUGUUCUUCUUGUGGGUUAUGGGUCUGCAGGAUGGGCCCCGAUCCGCCUCAAGAAUAAACCCUACUGGAUUAUAAAGAAUUCUUGGGGUGAGAACUGGGGAGAGAAUGGUUACUACAAGAUUUGCAGAGGCCACAAUGUCUGUGGUGUUGACUCCACGGUCUCUACAGUAAGUGCUCUACAUGCCACACCCCAGGGUGAGGUGACUCUAGCCGAACGCAAGAACAUGUGAAUAAAAUUCUAGUGGUUCUCAAUCUAAACUUUAGGCUUUAUAUUAUAUAAAUCAUCUGUAAUAUCUGAUAACUUGAUACUAGGCUUCUCUGCAACUUUACGUCUCUGAACAUUAUGAGGCUAGUGUGUAUUUAUCUUCACUUGUGCCUUUCUGUACAGAAAAUGCUUUUAAUGAUUUGGAUGUUUCUGAACUGCAGCAAGUCA